AUGACUGAUUAUGAAGCUAUAGAAUCAAAAUUUAAAUUGUUGAGGAAAAGAUGUCAAGAUAUUAAGGUUGAAAAUAGAAAAGUCUUAGAAGCUAUUGGCAAACCGAAAAUAUACCAAAUAACCGUAAAUAAUGAUCAAUCGGAUCAAAACGACCUCAAUUAUACUGAGCUGGAAGAUACAAUUGAAAACAACCAAGAAACGUUAAAGCUAUUAAACAUGACGUUACGUGAUUUUGAAAAGAAAUAUGGUAUCAAUAUGUAUAACACAAAUAAGAAAGAAUCUCUUGUAUCUAUUCAAGGCGAUACGUUAGCUAAAUUUACAUAUGAAAAAGAAAUGAAAGCCAUGUCAAAGCUUAAGCACCAGCAUAAAGAUAAUAUAAAUAAUAUAGAUGCUAUAGCAGAAAAUUUAAAACAAACUAGUAGAAAAAGGUAUAUGAUAAGGAAAAAACAAAUCUAUGAAACAAAUUACAAUAAUAAUACCUACAGUGGUAACAGCAAUAGGCCUAAUAAUAUGGCAUACAUCAAUAUAAAGAAUAAGCAGUUUAAUGAUAAAUUACAGAGAGAAAAAAAACAACAAAUGGACCAAUAA